UAUAACUGGUUAAUUGGACUAGCUCUGUGAUUUUGCAAAUCUCAAUGACUUGCCUUAUUCACUGAUACGACGUGAGUUAGUGCAUAACAGGAACCUAGACGCAUAUAAAGCUGCUGGAUAGUGGAGCUGAGCUGGUAGCAGGUCAGAGAGGAGCUCCCUGGCCAUUUUGGGCCGCGAGGGACAUGGUGUCCGCAGCAGCGGAUUCGCAGGCUUUACAGGAGCUUAUAGCCGAGCUCAAAGCAUAUCCGGAUGGAAGCGACCUGUUGCUCACAGCCCUCUACACGGCAGCGUUCCACUACAGGCGCAGCACGAUCUGCACGCCCUUCCCCAAUGAGCUCCUACCGCCCCUACCCGACACGAAGGAUAAGGACUUCCCAGCACUGCAGCGCGCCCUGGGCGCGCUACCCCCCGUCCAGGCCCUACUGUCAGGCGGUGGGCAGGAAGAGGUGCUGCGGCGGCUGCCGCCGGCGGCGCUGGGAGUGCUGACGUGGCUGCUGCUGCACCCCGCGCGGCGGCGGCACUUCGGUCUCGUGUCACUGGGCGAGAUGUUGCGGCAGCUGCGGCAGCGGGCGGGCGGUGGCGGGCUGGGCGGCGCCAGCGGCGGCGGCGGCAGCGGAGGCGUGAUGGGUGGAGUGGCGGCGGCAGGGGGAGGCGGGCCCAUGGUGUGGCAGGUGCCGGCGUUUGCGGGGCACAACUCGCCCACGUUCGUGCUGAGGGCGCACGACAGCCACACGCAGGAGCCGUUCGCGCAUGGCGCCGUGGCCUACCACGGCACGCACCUGGAGAACCUGCACUCCAUCCUGCACGCCGGGCUGCAGAGCGGCAGCGGCACGCGGCUGCAGCGCACCGGCGCCAACUUCGGGGCGGGCAUCUACUUGUCCACCAACUACGACACGGCGUUCAGCUUCUGCCAGCCCUGCCCCUCCUGGCCUCUGUCGCGCUUCGGCACCAAGCUGCGUGUGCUGCUGGUGUGUGAGGUGGACCUGGACCUGGUGCGGCAGGAGCGAGGCGCAGAGGCGGAGGCGGCGGCAGCAGCCAGCAGUGGUAGGACACCGCACUCACACGACGCCGCCAACGGCACCGGCGGCGGCGCCAGCAGCAGCGGGCCGCUCAUCCCCGGCCUGCCGGACACCUAUCUGCUGGUCCAGCGGAGCGACGCCGUUCGAAUCCUGUUUGUAGCGAUUUACACGGACGCGGCAGCGCCGCCGGCAGGCGCUGCCGGGGCCGGGGCUGGGGCCGCCGGGGCGGGCGGGGGCCCCGGGGCUCGGCGCGCAGGGCCGCUGGCGCGUGUCAACUGGUGUACGGUGAUGGUUGUGCUGUAUGCGGGAUUCCUAGUGGGCAAGGCGCUGCUGGCCGCGCUGAAGCAGCACCGGUACUAAACUGCUGACUCAACCAUCUUGAGGGCCCGGGCGCUUGCGAUGACGGGAGUGCAUGGCCACAUAAGCUGCGGGCAAGCCGUGGUGCCUGGCGCUGCAGCCGCACGCCACGCACGCCACGUAGCCUGGGUGAGCACAGCAUGGUUUGCUGCGACGCUUGCAGGCUGUGCAAGAUCGAUGAGGAGGGUUUUGUGUUCAGCAGGCGCAAGGUGAAGUUGGGCAGCCUGACGGAGCUGGCGGAGAAGGCGCGCAAGGCGAUUGUGGUGAGGCAGAAGAAGGAGGAGAAGGUGUGAAGGCGUAUGGCGGCCUUCUCGCCUGGGGCGGGCCGUGGACGAGUGGCGCUUUGUACAUUGAAUUGCACGUAGCCCGCGAGCCCUCCCACCCCGCCCCCGUUCCCUCCCUCUAAAAGAGCCCCUGCUGGGCCUGCCCGCCCGGUCUCCCUGUGUCCAUCGAGGACUCGCACUAAAUGGUUCCCAUCGUCCCUGGCCUUGAAACGGUGCGCAAAUGGAGAGGGGGGAGGGGCAAGCCGGGGUACUGCGUAGCUGUAGGUGUUUUGUAAAUGCCCGUGCCAUGCCGGCUACUUGUAAUACACCAGGAAC